AUGGUCAAGGAGAGAGCUUUGUACGAUGUACUAGGCGUGGACCCCAGCUGCUCAGAGGGCGAGCUGAAGAAAGCCUAUCGAAAGUUGGCGCUCAAAUAUCACCCUGACAAAAAUCCAGAUGAGGGUGAACGCUUCAAGAAGAUAUCACAAGCCUACGAGAUUCUUUCCGACAAGGAAAAACGCGAAUUGUAUGAUCAACAUGGAGAAGAGGGACUUCAGGGUGGCGGUGGUGGUCAUAAUCCCAUGGACAUUUUCAACAUGUUCUUCGGUGGUGGCGGAAGGAGUCGUGGGAUGGCGCCAAAAGUUCGACCAACCGUUCAUAAUUUGCCGUGCACUCUCGCACAGCUCUACAAUGGUUGCACAAGAAAGUUGAAGAUCACUCGAAACAUCCUCUGUGCUGGAUGUGCGGGACUUGGUGGAGCCAAAGGCACCGUGAAGCAAUGCAGCGAGUGUAAUGGACGGGGUGUUGUUUUGAAACUCCACCAGCUAGCUCCAGGAUUUGUUCAACAAAGCCAAGCUCCUUGUCGACAGUGCUCAGGCUCGGGAGAGUUCAUAGCGGCCAAGGAUCGUUGCAAGACCUGUGAUGGAAAGAAGAAGAUGAAAGAGGAAAAGAUUCUCGAAGUGCACAUUGAGAAGGGCAUGAAAGAUGGACAAAAAGUCGUGUUUUCUGGUGAGGGAGAUCAAGAGCCAGGCCUGCCAGCUGGAGAUGUUGUCAUUGUGCUUGAUGAGCAGCAGCAUAACACUUUUGUUAGAAAGGGAAACAACCUCAUCAUGAAUAUCGAUUUGCAACUGGUUGAGGCACUUUGUGGAUGCGCUAGGAAUAUAAAGACGCUUGAUGAUCGAACGCUUCAUUUCAACAUUUUGCCAGGAGAAGUGAUCACUCACGGAGAUUUACGUGUAAUUCAUACGGAAGGAAUGCCCACUCACCGGGAUCCAUUUGUUAAAGGUGACCUGAUCUUACAAUUCUCGGUGGAAUUCCCCAAAAAACUUGAGGAUAAGCAUCGACAGUUGAUUGCUGAAAUGCUUCCUGGGAAAGCCCAACGAGCUUCUGUUGAUGAAGACACUGAGGUUGUCGAGUUGGAUAACAUCCGGGCGGAGGAGAAUGGUAGAGGAUACGGUGGACACGCACACGGGCACCCAAUGUUCAUGGAGGUUGAUGACGAUGAACCAGGCUUUGGUGGCGGAGGCCAGUCUCGCGGGAUGCAAUGUCAGCAACAA